AGGAAAGGGACCGGAAAUGCUCAACUUCCCUGGAAGGGAGAAUCCCUAGUCGUAUUUUUGGAUUUUGACGGGUUUCGGAUACACUUAUUUCUACCAACGCGUGGGCGAUGAACUUGUUACACUUUCUCUGACCUCGCAGAAGAGAGAUCGAAUAGUUUUGAGCAAACUGAAGAGUUACAAAAUUGGCAGCGAUUCUCCUCAAUUAAAUUACUAUGGAUCCUAUUCACAAAAAAGUUCUUGCAAACAAGACUUCUGAGAUAAUGAAAAGGGUUUCAAAUCCAGGAAUGUUAGUCGCUCAUCUUAAGACGAUAUUUAGCGCUGCUGACACAGAGGAAAUCCAGGCGACAACUUCGAAUCGGGGACCUACCGCCGGAACACAAACCUUGCUUAGUAUACUAGAGAAGAGAGGAGCAAAAGCAUUUUCGCUGUUUUUACACGCUUUGCGAGAGGAAAAAAAUGAAGAAUUGGCAGAGGAAUUGGAGGAAGAAGAAAGGAAACUACGAGGAAAAGCAGGUGAGUUAUUGAUGCAUAUGAAAACUGAUCAAAAUUUGCAAGCUACUCCAAUAGUCACGCUAAGUGUUUAUCUCAAGUAAGGUUAAAAUAAUUACACCUUUACACGACACCCACGCUAAACACGGAAAUUGUCAAAGUUACGUAUACACUGCUUUGGACAAAAGAAACAAAUUUAGCAUUUCCAAGGAAAAGAAAAAGCAGAAUGAUUCCCUGAGCAAAUCGGUUAUUUGUCAUUGCUUUUUAAUAACGAACAAAGGGCCGGGCGAUUUGUGCAGAAAGGGUGUAAAUUCGCCUAAGUGGGAGAGGGAGCGGGGGGCUUGCUCAUCCAGAUCGUAAGAUUGAAGGGGCCUUGAAAAUAUUAUCUUGUGACCCCUGAGGGCUUUAAUUUUGCCUAAAAAUAAGGUGGGGUCCCAGCCGGUCCCCUAUCCUAGAUCUGCCACUCUCUUGGGUUUGGUAAUAUGUAUGACAAUAUAUUUAUGAUUCUAUUUUAUCAUUUGGUUCGCAGUUAAACCACCACAACAAAAAAGUAUUUUUAAUAUGUUACCAAUCCAUUUUCUAAAAUGAUAGUCACAGCUGGACACCCAUUCAUUCCUUGGAAAUUCACAAGAUUUUGCAAGACACAUAUUUCUAGUCAAUUCCCAGUGAUGUCCAGUUCUGCUCAUUUUUUUAUGUGCACCACGAGUACUAGUGUAGCACUACCUUGCCAAUACAUCCUGCCUCUUAUAACAUAACUCCAUCAACUGUCAAGUAAAAUUUCAGACUAUUUUGAUUAAUUUCCAGUGAGAAGAGGGAACAGCUUUCCACAAUCCAAUGACAAUGAAAACAAUGACUUCACAGUCCGUUCUCCUCCUCCACCAUACUCGGCACCAGCAGGAAGCAGCCUUAUAACAUAUGACUAUAGCGUAGAACAGCAAUCACUCAAGGCUGGACAGAAACCAGAUGUGGAGAUCAAUCCAUUGCAUGAAAAUUCAUCAGCCACCAACAAACAGUUGCUUAAGCAGAAUAAAGGUAUUACCGAAGGUAAGCCCACCUGUUAUAUAUACACUGGAACAUGAAUGAUCUCCCUUUGUCCUUUAAUAGCACACUAAAAAGGAAAAGAGAAGGUUUACCUACCAAAUGAUUCUAUAUCUUAUCACCUGAGUGCAAAGAAACAAUUUUUUACUUAAUGUGUGUAAUUUCUGGUUGUAGAGAAAAUAAACAGUUUAAAUUUGAAGCUUUUACUACUAUCCCUGGCCAGAAGCUGCAAGUUAAUUUUCCUGUUUCAUUUUAUUUUAAUUUUCAAUUUUGUUUUGUUUUGUCUUUUUUUGGCCACUUUGCCUUUGGCAUAUGGUGAUACAGCCAGUAUUUGUUUUUGGUUGCUACACAAAAACUGUAUUAAUUAACAGCCAACAUCAUUCUUUACUUUUCUGUUGACCAACAUUGCAAUACACAGAAUUGUGCACACAAAACUCUUUCCAAACUGUGUGAAUCCUAUGUCAUGCAACAUGCCUGCAUUAAAUUUAUUAGGCACUAACUGGUAACUACCAUUUUGAAAAUCCCCUUUCAGCUUUUGGUUAUUUAAAAGAACUUAUUUUUCCAGGGGUAAAAACUACACCAGGUAAAUUAUUUUUUGUUUGAUAUAAUCCAGGUUCUCUUGUUAAGGACAUUCCUUUUGCAAUACGCACAAAGAUUGAGCGGAUGAUGAACGUCAAUAACCAUAAUGAUCAUAACUGGAGAGGUCUGGCUGCAGCCAUGAAUCUGUCAGUUGAUGAUGUUCGACAAAUGGAGGAAGGAGAAAAGGGGAAAAUGGCAGGACUCUUUGAUAACAUGAUUCAUUUGAAACAGACAAUCAAAGAUCUUCUUGAUCUUCUCAGAAACCAAGCUGUACAGAGACUAGAUGUUAUAGAUGAGAUUGUACAGGGUUGUCAUCUUCCAAAAAACCUUUCUGAGAGUGACAACUCUGAACUCCAUGAAACAGGUUGGUUUGUAGGCAAUUAAUUGGUUAUUAUAAGGGUAGAGUGAUAUAAUAUUUUUUUGUAAUUUUACAAGGCUAUGCAAAAGAGCAAAUGUCAUUUUCAUUUAAAAUAAAAAUGUCUUACUAGACAUUUUUUGGCAGUGUUUCUAUUAUUUAUUUAUAACAGUAAGUUAUAAAACGCUGUGAAGCAAAGGCAACGUAUAAAGAGUAAAUGUGGCAUCAAUAACCACCUAAUUUCACUGAAGUGGUAUUGGAAUUAAUUUUUGCUCGCAAUAAGCACUGACUGUUCCACUGUAACUUUACUGAUGUCACUGUGCCAUUUAGAAGUAAGUUGAGACUUGAUACUAGCAAGAAUUGAGCAAAAAUCAAGGCAGAUAUAGAUUCCAGAUUCUUGAUGAUUGGUUCUGAUAAAACAUUCCCUAUAAGAAACAGACUUGUUAAAGUAUAAAGUUUUGAGCAAGUGUCUUCUCCCUCAGUAGCUUUCAAUCCACAGAGUGUGUAAUCUAAUAGUUAUCACAAGGAUGCAUUAUGGCAACCUCCUCGAAGAAGCUGCAGUUUCGGACAAUACAGUCAAGUAAAAAUAUUCAUAAAAUUGAUGGACACCAAUGAAUUUUUUUAAUACUGAAAAAAAUCAAUAAUUUUUUCGUAGAUUCUUCAUCAAAAGCCACUUCAUUACCAUACUCAGAACAAGAAUCACAGGAAGCUAAAGCUGGGUAUGACACCAAACCAGAUGCUCGAAGUCCUUGUCAAAUUGAAGAUGAUGAUGAUCCCAAAGGCAAGGAAGCAGUGGCUGCUAAACCAGAUGCUCGCAUUCCCUGUCAAGAAGAAGAUGACCGUCCUAAUGGAAAGACAGCAUCGGAUACAAAACCAGAUGCUCGUGUUCCAAGUCAGGUUGAAGAUGAUGAUGAUCCUAAAAACAGAGUCCAGUCAGAUUCCAAACCAGAUGCUCAUUGGCCAAGCCAGGUUGAAUAUGACGAUGAUCUUAAAGACAGAGCACAGUCAGAUUCCAAACCAGAUGCUCAUUUGCCAAGCCAGGUUGAAUAUGAUGAUGAUCCUAAAAGAAGAGCAUUGUCAGAUACAAAACCAGAUGCUCGAGUUCCAAGUCAGGUUGAAGACGAUGAUGAUCUUAAAAGCAGAGGGCUGUUGGAUACCAAACCAGAUGCUCGUGUCCCUAGCCAAGUGGAAGGUGAUGAAGACCCAGCAUUGAGCAGUAGGACUAAACAAGCUACUCAGAUGCCCUACCAAGGUGAUGAUGAAGAUGAUGUAUUUGAGAGCAAAGGUAAUAAAGGUGAUCUACUCAUAGUGCUCCUGAGAACUAGGUCAUUUCCUGACAACCAUGAGUAUUUUUUUCAUCUUUCUUCAAGCAGUAAAAAUGAAAAUUAAGAACCAGUGGUACUAGAAGCCUCAAUAGGGCCAUAUUAUAAGAUGCGUCUUACACAGGACGUGUCUUAAAUAAGACACAAACUUUCUGUAUAAAUGGCACAUUUCAUCUAGAAUAAGACGCAACUUAGCUUUUAAGAUGUGUCUUAUUUUAGGACGGCUCUUAACACCUGUUCUUAGAUGAGACGCAUCUUAGCUAAGAUGAGAAAAACUUUGUAUAAUUGACCUUCGGAUCUUACAUAUGACGCAAACGCAUUAUACGCAGGCAUUAAUUUUUGGCACGCCAUGUUGGAUUGCUGUUGCUACGGGUAACAUUCACAUGAAAACAAGUCAAGAACAGAAAUAAGACACAAACCAUUUAUAUGAGCUGUUUUCAUCUUAGGUAAGACAUGCUCAUAUAAAUGGUACAGUUCGCAUCUUAUGUAAGUCGUGUCUUAUUUUUCCUCAUAUAAACGGCCCUAUUGUUACUGCCAAAAUAGUGUCUAACUAGGAUAGCCAUGAAUUCACCACUUUAGAAAUGAGAUGGAAACUGGGCUCAGUAGAGGCUUCUGGGAUCAGUAUUUAUUGGGGACGUGCCAUUCAGCUAUUGGCCAAUUCUUUCCCAGUGUUCCCAGUAACAGUCCGUAAAGUCUUUACCCCACCCAGUAAUCUUCUCGUGUUCUAAAGCGGUGAAUGGUGGGAGUGAAAAGUUCAUAACAAAUAAGAUCUGAUAACAUUCAUUGUAACUGGUGAUAUCUUAUCUAGAGUGAGGUGAAUAUUAUGGGAUAUCAUUAUUAAACUUAAGUCACUAUAUACAUGCAUAAAUAAUGUUUUUUUUUUUCAUAACUACAUGUACGUUAAAAAAAUUCACCAGUAAGCUGGACAUAAUAAAUACAUUCUUACUAUUCAAUAGCCAUUCUUGUUAGUGACAAUCUUGUUUUUGGCAAUCAAACAUAACUUUAAUACAAUCUGUACACUUCACUACCUGUCUACAGUCAGUUGCAUUACAGGCAGAGAUAUUCAUUCUUACGUCUAUAAACUUAUUUUGAUUGGCAGGAAACAAGGAGGUUAAAAGAAAUGCACUACUGAUAAACUGCUUUGGUAGUAGUAAAACUGAUAAAAUGCACAACAGUCAGCUGCAGGAACUGGAAAAUGUGCUUGAAGAUUAUAACUGGGAUGGUAAGUCUUUUGUUGCAUGAUAUUGUGAGUCAGCAGUGAAAUUAUUUCUCUUUAUAACUAGUAAAAAUAAUAACAACAAUAAUAAAAUAAUAACACUUAUGUCAGUAAUGCUGCAACUACCAGGCUACUUACAUUGGUGAAACUGGCAGAAACCUUAGCACCCGACUGACGGAACACUUAGACAAUAGAAAGCUCGAAAUGCACCAAUGACAUUACUAGUCUUCAAAGCCAAUAACAUCAUGGCUUAACUAACGAAUGACCAAUGACAUCACAACUUAAUUGACAAAUCAUGUCAAUAACCAGAGUUUAAUACCAUCAACUGACAUGAAACAACACACGUUGACUCUGAAGAUGACUAGCACACAGGUUGUCAAAAUGUCAGUCACUGUCAACAACAACAGUCCUAUUCAGGACUACAUUCACCCUGACGAUCAUACUCAACCUACUUAUGGAAUGACUCCUGGUUUCAAACCUUUCACAAUGCCAGCAAUAAUAUACCUGCCAACUCUCACGCCUGCGGGUUGAAAACUUCCAUCUCACGCCGACUCACGCCUGCGGGCCAAUUUCUCACGCCUGAUUGAAAAAUGUGAGUCGUUGCCGUCUUGCUUGACAUAAUUUCCAAAAAUAUGGUAACUCAGACCCAUGUAAGGAACGAAAACCAUGUGUAAAAUGAAUAAAUGACAAUACCUUCCUCGCGAUCUCUGAUUUUUGAAGUGAAAAGUGCUGGGAGCGAGCUCGCCUUCGGCAGACUUCAGACGUCUUCGGAAGACUUCGGACUUCUUCGUAAGACUUCGGACUUCUUCGGGAAUCUUCGGAAGUGAUCGUGUCGUCUUCAAAAAUCCCAGCACUCCCAGGAUAAAAAUCUCACGCUUAUAUCUCAGAAAAAGUUGGCAAGUAUACAAUAAUAAUAAUAUUAUUAUUAUUAUUAUUAUUAUUAUUCUCAUCAUCAUUAUUAUUGUUGUUGUUAAUAUUAUUAUUGCCAAUAAAUUAUUAUUAUUAUUGUUAUUAUUAUUAUUACUGCUAUUAUUCAUGGGGUUCAACCCAUUUUAUAUGCAUGAUAUGCAAGUGCUUCCGUAUUCAUGUAUUAGAUAUUGAUUAGUGAAGAAAGACUUGAAAUAAAUUCAAAGCAACGUCGUCAUGCAUACAAUUCACCAAUGAAUAAACUAUUGAGUGUACAUGUAUAAUAACAGCUGACGUAGAUAUGAUAUAACAUUUAAAGAUGACAAAUUCUGAAUGUAAUUUCCCUGGUCCUUAAGGUUUGUUUCUGUGGCUGGUUUUUGGCUAGUUCUCUCUCAUGUGGAGAAAAUUUUCAAGACAAACCCCUGGGACCAGUAUGAGGCCAGUAACUUAAAGUAAACCCUGUUACUUUGUUUAUGAAUAAUUUUAUGUUGUUGAUAUUUUUUUCCUUUUACUACUUUAAUUUUGGUACUUUAGUAAAGUGCCACCGCAAAUGCAAGGCAUCGGAGUUGCUUCAGGCUGUUCACUCAUUUCUGGAUGCAAACAGUAGCGACGAGUCUUUAUCCUUCAUUUACCUUGCUGGCCCCACAGUGAAUGUAAGUUAGCAUUAAUGUUUCUUUUUAUUAUUUUUCUGCCUAGAAGCUCAACAUUUUUCAUGAAGUCUUGCAAGCAAGCAUUAUAUAGUGAGCGAGUACAAGAAACCUGCACCACAAAUGCAAGCUAAUUAUUAGUAAAUGUGCUUAUGCAGUGAUUGACUUCUACAGUACUCACGCUCUAUUAAUUUUUGAAAUGAAAAUGAAUGUUGUGCCUUCGGGCCAAUCUUUGACAAGAAAUUGUGAAUUCAAAAUGUUUCUCUUUGUUUUCGUAUAAGUUUGUCUUUUUUAAAUUAUGAUUUCUGCGGGCUAUAAAACUUGCAGUGAUUAUUUUGUAUUUGAAAUAAAACCCGUAAUUAAUUUUCAAUCAGUAUUAAUAAAAUGAUAUAUUUUACCUGCGUCAUGUUUUUUUUUCCUUGUUUAUAGAUUAAUGGAAAGAAUUACCUGCUUCCAACAGAUUUGAAAUGUCCUUCCUCCCGGGCUGACCUUAUGCGCGAUGCCCUGGACAUCAACUGGCUGGUGUCACAUCUAAGCGAGAAUUAUGUUUGUAUUCAAACAUCUUGUGUUUUACAGUCUCUCUUGUCAUUAUCUGACCUGAAAUUGAAUUUAACACAUGAGGUCCAGAAAAAAAAAAUUAAAAUGACAUAGGAAGGGGGCAUGCAUUAUUCACUGAGAACCAGAUGAAACAAUUCUGUGAUCACUGUCAAACCUUAUGGCUUUCAAAAGUAGAAAUUAAAGAACAUUUAAUAAGAUACAGAAUAUGGCAUUAAUUAAUUGCAUCUCAGUUUAGAAGGUUGUUGUACUUUUAAUAUUUUCUUUUUCGUAAUUUAUUUUUGAGCAAGAGUGAGUACAAAUAAAGAUUGUUGUUGUUGUUAAAGAACACGUCACUUCAACUCCAAACAAUAAUAUUAUCCUGAGAGCUGUGUACAAAACAGUUAUGUUCUUAACUUUGACUAAUAUUAUUGAUGUAGGGACUUUCUUGGUAAUAAGCAAAUAAAAAUGAUGAUCAGGUCUUGCUCAGUACACAAUCUUUACCAGCAGAACUUCUGAAAAUGGAAUCCCAAAUUAAGUUAACAGACAAGAAUAAUUGAAUCACUUGUUGAAAUAGGUUGAAAUGCAUUAUAUUUAUUCUCAUUUUUAUUCAUUUUUAUACUCAUCUUUUUUUUGUAGAUGCAAGUGGUAGUAGUUGAUGGUGCUUUUGAAAAUGGUCAAACAGACAUAAAACUUAAAGGUGUUUUAAAGGGUCUAGUUCCAAUUCCUCCUCCACCAAAUGCGGUCAUUGCGUUUCCCUGUCAUCCAGGAACAAUUCGUCCAGAACAGGAAAGACUGUAAGUACCAUAUUAUUUUUUAUCUUAUCAAAAUAUUUCCAUCUUGGAGAAAUACCUCUGCAAAUCCUUCUCCAAAGAAAUAGCUGGGGCAUUAUUAGCUUGUAUUUCACUUCCCUGUAAUGUUGAGCAUUAGACUUGCCACAAGUUGACUUCACAAGCUUGGCAGGCAGAGCAAGCUUUUUCCGGCCACAAAGUGGUAGAUCAAGCUGCUUUAAGAUGCUCUUUGUUCUAUACUAUUUCCAGUGUGAUUUUCACACUAAGUAAAUUGUACUUUUGUCACUGAAAUAGAAUGUAAUACUAUAGAACACCAUAUUUAAGAAUGUAACCUCCCACAGUUACUAGCCAUUACUUACUUUGUUACAAUCAGGGUUCGUACUUUUUUGAGUUCUUCAAAUUCCAUGACUUUCCUUGACUUUUUCCAUGACCUUUUCUACUUUUCCAUGACCUUAAGUUUAGCUGUCAGUUUCUAAAAUUUUGAAAAUUUUACCUGUUUUACCAAAUUUUUGGCCCUUAAACAGUUCAACAGAAAGAAACUCUGGUAUCCACCAAAACGAUUUCCGUCCGCACUGUUUAAUUACUACUUUUUAUCUUACGUUAUCCUGGCUUGCUUUGUCAUCUGCAGUAUGACUAAUCUACCACACAAAGGUGAAAACGUUAAUUUUCCGUGACUUUCAAGGACCGAAAAUGAAAUUCCAUGACUUUCCAGGCAUUGAAAAUGAAAUUCUUAAAAUUCCAUGACUUUCCAGGUUUUCCAUGACCUGUACGAACCCUGACUAUAAAGCUUACAUCUCAGAUUUUUAAUGUAAAUUUUAAUUACUGAUAAUCAAUCCAACAUGAGUUUACACAAACUUUGGAAAAAAUAAUUAAUAAAACAUUAGUCAGUCUUGUUUGAAUGAUAAAUUGUUAGGGACUUGUUGUCGUUGUUGAUGAUGUAGGUUAUACUUUCAAUUCAGUCAGAAUAGGAGGCCAGAAGUAUUGCUAACCACAAAAUUAUUUGUAUCUUUAAUCAUCAGAGAUUACAUUAAAUGUUUGUUGGCAAACUUAGAGGAUGAUCGUAUAAUGCUAUGUGAUCUGUUUGACAAAGUCCGAAAUGAGUUGAUGAAAAAGAAUCCAGACUGCAGUGCACCUAUAGAGUUUUCACUCAGCUCUUCACUUUUCCCACUCCGCCUCAAGACUGAAAACAAUGAAGGUUAGUACCAACCUGGUUUUCUUAUCAUUUGCAGAACACACUAAUCUGCUUUUAAUUUUGCUGAGCCAUUGUCUUUGCAAACGUGGUAGGGUAUUGAACUGCCUCAGAUACACAAUUCUUCCAACAUGAUGAAACAUUGUCUACCUGCUUUUCUUCUUAAAUACUACAACCAAAGUAGAAAUUGCUUAACCUUGGUUGUAGCUCAGUAAAGGAACUUACCAUUGGUCAUAAAUGACUGGGCAGGCAGGUCCAUUCAUACUGUAAAUUUCACUAUUUUUAAAAUCAAUCUGGCCGGACCAGUUCUUGAUUAAGGUGGCCUGAAUCUAUUUAUUUGCUCGUUGGUUAUGUUUUGGAAUCAGGUUUUUUGGCAGGAAUGAUUUAACUGAUCUCCAUGAGUUUUGGCGUCCUUAAUAAAGAAUGGUCAAACAUUAAGAAAAUGCUAUUUAUUUUCUUACUGGUAUAAAAACGUUUGAGAUAUCAGCAUAUAAUGUUUAAGACCGCAUUUUUAGAAAAAAUUAAUGUCAACAAUUUCAAACCCUAGGACAGAUUUUUCUCUAACUUCGGCAAAUAAGCCUCAGAGCUUUCUUGUUUUUUGCAAGUUUGAAGUCAAUAGUGACCGUAGAACUCACUGCACAUUUAACCUUAAAAUGCAACACUAAUAUAUUUGUGAAAGUUGACAAAGAAAUAGAGGACAACUGCCGACGGACUAUCUCCUAUCUGCAAGGGUAUUCUUGCCCAAAGCUUUAGUUGCAAGAAACUGAGUAAAUCAGAAACCUAUGGCAAAUACAGUUCACAAUGUAAGAAGAACAACUUUAUGCUGAAUGCAGGGCAAGAUUAAAUAACUUCUAUUUAUCAAAGUUACUGUGUGUUUUCCCUUCUCUUUCACAAAAAAACUCAACAAAGCAUGAUAUAACAUCUACGAAAAUCUCCUACCAGUUUUUAGGACUGAAGGUUCCCGUCUUGCGGAGAUAUAAAGCCACCAACUCCAGUACUUCAACCGAUCCAUUUUCAGCUGCAGCCAAAAACCCUUGUAUUAAGUAAUUUACUCAAGUUUGAAAGAUUUGCCAUCACAUUCGCACGGGCAUUUUGCCAUUAGGUAUAAUGAAAAGAAUAAGACGAUUGUCAUAUUUUCUUCAUCUUAAUCCCCAACUGGCAAACUUCGCGUGCGAAUGUGAUGUCAAGUCUAAAAACCUUGAAUAAAUUAUCAAGUACAAGGGCUUUCAGUGCAGCUGGAAAAUAGACGGUUAGAAGUACUGGAGUUGGUGGCUUUAUUUCUCCUCAAAACAGAAACCUGCGACGCUAAAAACUCUUGAGAGUUUUUCGUAAAUAAUAUAAUUUGCCUUGUUACGAUAGAUUUUGAAAAGAGAGGGACAAAUACAAAGUGAGUUUGAUAAAUAGAAAUUCUUUUAUCUUGCCCCACAUUCAGCAUAAAGUUGUUCUCCUUGUAUUGUGAACUGUAUUCGCCGUAGGUUUCUGAUUACUCAGUUUCUCACAACUGAAGCUUUGGGCAAGAAUACCCUUGCAGAGAGGAGAUAGUCCAUCGGCAGUCUCCCUCUGUUCGUGCGUCAACUUCCACAAAUGUGUUAGCAUUGCAUUUUAAGGUUAAAUUUGACCAGCCAUUUGUGCAGCAAGUUCUACAGUCACGAUUGACUUUAAACUUGUAGAUAUAAAUCUAGGGAGCUCUGAGGUUUAUUUGCCGAAGUUAGAGAAAAAUCUGUCUUACGGUUUCGCAAUUAUAUUUUUGCAAAAAAAAUAUAAGAUAUAUAAUUUUGUAAGCUUCGAAAUUAUAUUUUUUGUAUAAAAUGCGGUUUUAAACAUAUGCCAAUAUCUCAAACAUAUUUAUACCUACAGGAAAAUUUUUUCUUAAAGUUCGACCAUUCCUUAUUAAGGAUGCCAAAAAUCAUGAAAAUCAGUUAAAUCAUUACUGCCGAAAAACCCGAUUGAAAAACAUAACCAAGGGGCAUAUAAAUAAGUUCAGGCCACCUUAAAUGCAUGUAGUAUGCAUGGUAAUGAAAGGGUUUUUAGUAAAAACUCUUGAGAAAAUUGCCUAUUCCAUUUUCAAAAUGACCAUACUGACCACCUAGUUCAGAGUUUUUGUAAGCGCCCUCAACAGAGGAGGAAUUUUACUGAAAGUUUUCCUGUUUGACUCUGUAAAAUUUAUAAAUGUGAUUAAAAAAUAAUUGUGAGGCUAUAGUCCAAAAAUCAGCCCUUGGGAAUAUUCCCUCUCAAUAAUAACUUCCAGUGAUGGUGAUGGUGCAAGUAUCAUAACAAAUCGCUAUAACUGUAACAAUACAGAACUUACAUUUUGUUCUCUCACAUAAAAUAAUGAUUUUAUUUUAUAAGAACUUGGGUAAAAAAAAAAUGUGGUGAAGAACAUUUUAAACUUAAAUUACGUAUUUGUUGUUUUGUAUUAACAACAGAUUAAUUUGCUAAGAAAAUGUUGUGAAACAAAUCUCAAACUGUUCUUGCCCGUGAUUGACUAAUCAUGUCUUAACCACUUAUGUACUAUUAUAAUAUUAUGGUAAUGGGUUUUUGGGAAUGGCAUAUUUGAGCAGCUUUUUUGUUACUCUUGUCAAAAGGGCUUCACUUGGAAUCCAAUGUAACUUGCCAUGCCAUAAUAGUUGCAAACUCCACAUAUAGUGGCAGUGGACUCAUCAACACCAAUCAAUGCUUGAAAGACUGUGAAAAGCUACGGAUGGCUUUGCUUAAGGGUCAGUGGGAAUGCACUGGUAUGUAUACUAAAAUUUAUAAUUUUUUAUUAAUCCAUAUAAUUAUGGGGGGAGAGGUGUUGUGCAAAAUAAAGAGUCCCCUAACUUUAGAUCUCUGGAGAUCUCUCUAUUCUUGAAUUCACUCAUAAUUCUUGAAGGAUACCUGAGUUUGUUAGGAGGAUGUUAGCCUGCAGUACAGGCGUUGUUUUUUCAUGUUUUUCAGGCGAGUGAAGGCAAUCGCAAAGCAAGCGAGGAGUGCCAUGUGUCUGGCACUCCAGCGACCUUGCUUGCUUUGCGAUUGUCUUCACUCACCUGAAAGCCUUCACUCACCUGAAAAAGCCAUCUUAAUGGCUCAUGGAUAUUGGCCAGGUUCUUUUUGCAUAUUUAUUCACCGAGAUUAAGUCAAGGAAAAUUAAAGCACAAAAAAGAACGAGGCCAUUAUAUCCAUCUUGACCAAACAAACUUAGUCAAUAAAGGAUUUAUUGCAUUGACAAAAAGACAACUUUUUCUUGCGGGACGCGGGAAAUCCCGAGCGGGCAAGAUGGCUCCAUUAAUUCAUUUACUCUAAUUUGUUCUUUUAUACGUUUGUCUUUGUUCUGCUGUCUGAUCAAGCUAUAUACUACUUUCAUUGAAGUCUAUAUAGGUAUUGCAUUGUUCUUUAAAUGGUUGUUUUGUCAUAUUGCAACGACAGAAGUUAUUAACAAGACAGGCAAAGAGAUAAAAAACGAAUUGAGGGAAUCUUUAAACGAGCUGAGUGCGGACAAAAAGGACAGGGUUGUGAUGGUGUAUUUUAUGGGCUACACUCGAAAGGUAAGGUUAUGUUAUUUUCAAGUAAACAAGCUAACCCUUACCUUAAUUAAAAUGGUUCCGGUUGUUAAUUUUGCCAAGACAGGAAUCAGCUCCCGUUUUUUUGUUGGAUUGGAUAGCAGCAGCGCGCGUUUUUCCAAUAUGAGAGGUGUAGAGGCAUUGUUAGUUGUUUCCUAUAAUUUUCGUAAGCAUCGAACAAGUAUUUAGUAAGUUAGAAGGCUUUUUUCCCCCAUCAAUGCCGCCAGAUCGCAGAACUAUGUUCAUUCAUCACGUCUCGAAGUUCGCGCUAUGUUAGUCACGUGACUAUCUUGCGUACUAGUUCCCAGACUCUCUGCCAAAAACGAGGAACCGAAAUAAGAAAUUGAGCUAAAUUGGAAUCCUGCAUCACGGACAUCGAUUAAAAAUUGACCAACCUUUGGGACCUUUGUCAAUUCAAUAGUUUAUAAAACUACGGCACUCUUUGUGAACUUUUAUUGUGUUUUCUCAUCAACAAUGAUCAAGAGAAAAAAAGACCAGCAAAUAAAAGCGUAAAAAGUCGACGUUUCGACGCCAUAUCGUAACGCCAUCAGGGAUCUUAUGAUCCGACAACGGCGACGUCCAUGAAAAUGUCGCUGAAAAUAGACUUCGCAUCCUUUCAGUUUUUUUCGCGAUUAUCCCAAGGGGCUCAGUUACUUAAAAGAAGGGAAUCUGGAUUGGAGCUGAAGAGGGAGGGCCACGCCCAAGUCCUGGACAGAGAUUGUAGAAUUUAUCGCCUUGCCGUUCCCGCUACCAAGUAAACUUAAAAUUUGGUCAUUUCACGUCUUAGUUAUGCAUGGACUGCAAAGAAAUGUACAAAAAAGCGUAAUGCACGUGCUGAGUUGUUGUUUUGUUCAUUAAACCUAUUGCCAGCCUUGACGUUCCCUUUGCCGUCGCCGCCGUAGUUUCGUAAGGUCCCUACUGGCACUCCCUUAUUUGGUCUAGACGGAUAUGUGCCGCUGAACCGCUGAAGAGGAUAUGGUUUUCAGCGUCUUGAGUCUUAAACUGGGUAGCCUACGUAGCAGGCGCUUGGAAGUGGUGGGCACAAGAAAAAAACGGGCGCGCGAGAAGGAGAGUGUCUUCCUCGCGCGUCCGUUCUCUCUUUCGCCCACAACUUCCAAGCGCCUGCUACGCAGGCUAUAAACUGGGUAUACAGUUUCACCAUUCGACGUCUUUAACAGGGUGUGGUUUUGGACUGGAAGUUUGCGUCUGAGCGGUCUUCGUUUAUUGGCACCUACAAUCUUUUUCCAAAAAUUGUCGUUCCUUGAUAUUACUUUGAAAAAUAACCUAACUUUUGAGCAACUUUUUGAGAAAUUACGGGAAACGUUUUGGAAAUUCUCAAGCAACUUGUGCAAAAGCCUAACCCCAGCUGUAACCCUACCUAUCAUGUAAAUGCAAUCAAAUUUAAACGAGAGAUUAUAUAGCCUACGAACGGCAGACGUAUUUCCGGUCGUCGCUUCUCUCCCUUCGAAAAAUCUGAGGGAGAGAAGCGACGACCGGAAAUACGUCUGCGGUUCGCAGGCUAGAGAUUAUAUGGACUGGUGAGUUACCUCAUCUACUUGGGGUCCCCCACCUUCAUGUAAACAGGCCCUUAAAUUAGAUUGUAUUGAUAAAAGCGUUACGAUGACGCCGAAACGUUUUCACGCUUUUGUUUUGUGUUAUUACAGAUAUUGGAUCGUAACUGUUUCUUUGGAAGAGAUUUCACUGUUGGUUCUCCUGAGCCUCUACGUUCAAGUGUCCCUCUUAAGUGGGUACUGGAUCUCAUGUGUGAGAAACUUAAAGGGGUGAGUAGUAUUUCCACUCUGGAUCAGUGAGCUAGAUAUGGUGUAGAAUGUACAUUGCUUGAAGGGUAUAGCGCGUUUAAUAUCCGAAACACUACUAUACUAGCAAAAGACUGAACAAUAUAAAGACUUUCUUAAAGUCCUUCGCUUCUCAUUUCCGGUUCCUGUAGUUGGCCUCAACGCCAAGGACGAGCUCUCGCUCCUUCGCUCGUUUUUGCUGCAGAAAACAUAAAAAAAUCUACCGCUCGCGCUUCGCGCUCGUGAAAAAAUCUGAGCUCGACUUGUAGGCAAGUCUAAACAAUAUACAGCUAUUUCGAGAAAGGCUGUCGGGAGAAGUGCACGCGACAAUCCCGAAAGGUAUUGUGGGUGCUUUUGAGUUCAAAGAAAUUUGAGUGGAUGACACGAGAGGCCAUGGGCGCAUGAUUGCGAGUGCUAAAAGAAAGCAAAAAAGUAGUUUAGUUACAGUGUCAGGAACAGUGUAUUGAUCAGACCCCUGUUACGUUUCGGGAUUGUCACGUGCACAUUUCUUCAGACAACCUUUCUCGAAAUAGCUGCAUACGCAGAAGCUAACUUGAACCAGCAGCCGUUGUCUCCCUAGCACCCCAUUUUUCUUACUUAGUGCUGCGUAAUUCAAAACAGGGGCUUUCCAACAUGAUAUUUCGGUUUUGUACCACGUGAAUGACCAGCUGCAAAGGGCCUAUUAAGGAGGUCAACCGUCAUCCGUCAAAGGCUCAAAAUUUAACUGUCAAUUAUAUUUCUAACCGUCAACCGUCAGGGAGGACCCAUAGCUAUGGCCCCCUUACCCCUCUCUCCUGCUGCUCAGCAUCAUAAAUUAUCAUUCAUUCAUUCAUUAAUCUUUUGCAUUUCUUUCUGCAGCCGAAAAUCUUAAUAGUUGAUGACUUAGGAACAAGCCAGCCGGAAGGACUGGUACAAAUGACAGCUCCAAAUGAUGUCUUGAUCAGUUUGCCUAAAGAAAAGAAACCCGGGUUGGUAAAACUUUGAGAAGUAAAUUUUUGCGGCUUCAGCCGAGUUCUACUAAUGCAAAGACUUAAGCGUAGCUACGGGGGAGGUUCUAAGAUGCCGUGGCCUCAAAAUCUGGAUACUGCUUUUCAAUAAAGCUACGGUUAUUCAGGCAACAAAAAUGUGCAAAGUAUUUUGCAAUUUUGCUACAAAACGAGUUGAAAAAUGAUUUUGCGCGUUUUACCACCCGCGUUCAAAACUGUCUUGCUACAAAUCAGGUUGUUGCAAGUUGCGUGAAUACUGACUUCUGAUUGGAUAAAAUGAUGAAGGAGUCAUAUCAUAUACUGGAGUUAGGUCACCUGCUGCAAAACAAGUUUACCUUCGGCCAGUAAAAUGAGCAUGAUGUACAGAUUUUGUCGCAAAAAUUAUAACUACUCUCUACUUUCUGAAACAACUUUUUGCAACUGCAACAACUUGAUUUAUGCAAGGCAGGCACUGAGGCCAAGACAGGUUAAAGUGGUGUCGGUCGCUUACGAGCGAUGGUCGUUUACCAGAGGUUCAAUGAUUAGACGGGGAAAAUUUAGGUGUUUUGAUAGGUGGUCGCUUAAUAUGAGAAGUAGUCGCACAUGGGGGUUCGACUGUAUCUAAAACCAAGAUGAAUGAACUCAUGACAAGUAGCUAUGUCUGCCCAGCUGCCAAUUUUUUCGUCAUUACCUGCAGGAAUGAUCGAAUAAGCAUGAACGUUUUCAUUGUAACAUCACCAAGUAUCGAGACACUAGCAGCCUUUCGAGUUGUCUAGGCCCUUAGGCUAAAAAAAAUUGUCGACUUUGGCAACGCUUGCUAUGCAGUGAGGGAAACUAUUUUCUCAUUGGUUCAUGUGAUUGCCUGUCUGAUUCUUCCAAUCAAAUUGAGUACACUCUUUUUUCUAUAAGAAUAUGGAGGCUGAAAUUUGCGAAAAUUAAAGAAUAGUUUAAGAAUAAAACCGAGGCUGAGACUGUGAAAAGGAUAUUAUUUUUUGUGUUGAAAAUCUGAAUUAUAUGCUGUUAUCUUAACAGUGUUGAAAACCUAGGGAGUUUUAGCAACGACAACGGCGACGUCAUCGAGAACGUCAAAAAAGCAAUAGGUAUAUCCUGAUUAACUAAAACAACAAGUUUGCACGUGCAUCACACUUUUUUGUAGAUUUCUUUGCUGUCACUGCACGACUACGACGUGAAAAUACCUAAUUCACACGUUUUAUGGAGGACGUAAAUUAGCGACGAAGAUUUUUUUCUCAGUUCUAUACUUGAGUACGAUCCUCUAGGGAAAUCCGCCUACAUUUGACAUUUUCAGCGAACUAUGGAAUAAACGCGACAAAGUUUGAAAAAACGCCGAUUCAUUUAAAAAGUGAGGUUUUCGCUGCCGAAAUAAGCCAAAUGUUCAAUGCCGUUCGAUGAACGGUACAUAGCGUAAGCUUAGGAUGAUAGCAUACCAGCAUGGUAUAUAGCUCAAACUGAAGAAAUAAACAAGCCACAAAAAGAUAGACUACGAGCAGUCUCUCUUUUUCCUUGGUCCGUCGAGCAAACCAUGCGAGACACGCAAAUGACCACGUGCGUGACUUAAGGCACGAGAUUGGAGAGGCCUGCCGCCCUCGUUUCUCGCCUCUCGCGACUUUGCCACUCGACGCUCGCGCUCGCGUUCACGUGCACUCCCCGCACUAAAUCUGAAGAAAACGAGAGACUGCUCUCAGUCUACAAAAAGAAAAUGAUAAAUUCUCUCUUUUUUAAGUAUAAUUUAGGAAUGAUACAAACAUAUUUUCAGCCUAAAAUCAGCGGAAAAAGAGAAAAUCUUCAGCCUGGGUCGGAAAAAUCAUAUUCUAGUGAAGAAAAGUGGAGCUAACUGUAAUGAUUUACAUCAAGGUAUUUUUGUAACGUCUUGCAUUCUUUCACCAGGCCUUAUGAAGACAGUGUUACGACCAAAUUUGCAGGGUUACUGGAAACCAAAGCUGGUGAACUUUCCCUGAAGGAGAUGGUACAAAAAGCAGCAUCUUUUGAUCGACACCGCCUUAGUUCUAGUUUAUAUUUAAACUGA